GCUCUGCUGCCCCCCGCAGGCCUGGAGAGGAACACCGGGGACACGCAUCAGUACCGCGGACAGCAGCCGGUAUGGUGACACUGUCAAGAACUGUUUCACCGUACAGUGAAGAUGUGAAACUAUAGUAACUCACAGGUGAACGGCAGAGCGUCAGUCCGCUCUCCUCUCCCGCUGCUGCCAGGCAGACACCAACGAGUGCAGAGGAAAGCUCACGACUCACCACCCAGACGUCUGACUCUAAAACACGUUUUCAGAUUACCGAGUAGAGAAAAGAACCAUUUCCUGACUUGACCUGAAAAUCUGCGGAUCGAAAAACGUGCGUAAAGCGGAGCUUUCCAGAGGAACUCCUAAUAAAUGAGCUGAAGUGUCAAAAAAGGAUCUCCCUCUAUCCUUCUUCUUGGCGUGCAGGAAUGAUGUGUGCUUCACUGGACUUAUAAUCGACUGAAUGCGAAUUUCAUCGUAGGCUGAUGAAACACUUUGUUAACCCCUUUUUUUUCCUUUGCUUUACUGCAACCCGAGUGAGAAAGCUGCAAAACAUCACCGUAGCGCAGCGAUGAUGGACCUUCAUGUUUGGUUCUGAGUCGCCCUGCUUUUGCACAUCUGCUUAUCUGGAAUGCAUCACUUCUGCUGGCAAUUCCUGCUCGUGUGACUUCUUUAAAAAAAAAAAAUGUUUUCCUGUCAGUCUGCAUGAGGCAUGGCGACCAAACCGCACCAAGUGGUUAUCUACGCGUUUGCGUCUGUUCGGAUGGAUAAUGACAGUUUACGCCACAGGUAAAUGAAUAUCGGCUCAGUUCGGGUGUUUUGAAGCUGUUUUCUGACUCUGGCAUUCAGAUCGAGUUUGUUCCACGAUGGAUCUCAAAGUAGAAACCGAAGAAAUGGACACACAUCAACCUCCACCCAUAGAAGUUUUUGCGCACAGCUCGACCAUGCACGGGAUCUCUCACAUUUUCACCUAUGAGCGUUUCUGCAUCAAACGUUGCCUGUGGGUCGUGUUUUUCUUGGGCUCUCUGACCUUCUUGUUGUACGUGUGCGUGGACCGCAUCCACUUCUACCUCGAGUACCAGCACGUCACCAAACUGGAUGAGGUCACGACCCCAAUCAUGACGUUCCCCGCGGUCACCUUCUGCAACCUGAACGCGUUCCGCUUCAGCCGGGUCACUCGGAAUGACCUGUACCACGCAGGGGAGCUGCUGGCCCUGCUCAACCAGAGGUAUGAGAUCAGGGACAUACAUCUUGUGGAGGAGAGUGUUCUGGAGAGCCUAAAAGUGAAAGCUGAUUUCCAUAAUUUCAAGCCGCGACCAUUCAACAUGCGGGAAUUCUAUGACCGCACCGGUCACGACAUCAGUGACAUGCUGCUCUCCUGCCACUUUCACGGCACCGAGUGCAGAGCAGAGGACUUCAAAGUGGUCUUUACUCGCUAUGGGAAGUGUUACACCUUUAAUGCUGGCGGUGAUGGACGCCCUCUUCUCAUCACCACCAAGGGAGGUAUGGGUAAUGGACUCGAGCUCAUGCUGGACAUUCAACAGGACGAAUACCUGCCUGUCUGGGGAGAGACAGAUGAGACGUCAUUUGAAGCUGGGAUCAAAGUUCAGAUCCACAGUCAGGACGAGCCGUCCUUCAUCGAUCAGCUCGGGUUCGGAGUGGCACCUGGGUUUCAGACGUUUGUUUCCUGCCAGGAACAGAGGCUGAUAUAUCUUCCUCCACCCUGGGGAGACUGUAAGGUGACGGCAAUGGAUUCAGACUUCUUUGACAGUUACAGCAUCACAGCUUGUCGCAUUGACUGUGAAACACGCUAUCUGGUGGACAACUGCAACUGUCGCAUGGUGCACAUGCCCGGCGAUGCACCCUACUGCACCCCCGAGCUCUACAAAGAAUGUGCUGACCCAGCUCUUGAUUUCCUGGUGGAGCGAGACAAUGAUUUCUGUGUGUGUGAGACGCCGUGCAACAUGACCAGAUACAGCAAAGAGCUCUCCUUCGUCAAGAUUCCCAGCAAGGCCUCGGCUAAAUAUCUGGCAAAGAAAUACAACAAAUCUGAGCAGUAUAUUAAGGAGAACAUCAUGGUUUUAGACAUCUUCUUUGAGGCUCUCAACUACGAAACUAUUGAACAGAAAAAGGCGUAUGAAGUGGCCGGACUUUUAGGUGAUAUUGGUGGUCAGAUGGGACUUUUUAUUGGAGCAAGCAUACUCACCAUCCUGGAGAUAUUUGACUACCUUUAUGAGGUAAUAAAGUACAAGCUGUGUCGCUGCUCUGAUAAGAAGCACAAGCACAACAGCAACAACGACCAGGGAACAGUGCUGAGUUUGGACGAUGUCAAAUGUCACGUCAGUAACUUUCACUAGGCUUCUGCAGCCGCGAGGAGCGAGAGGGAGCCACUGCCACUCUCUUGUCUCCAUGCGACAUUUCGUGGACUUUGUUCAUUGCAGGUUUUGUCGCACUGUGGGAACAACAGAGAAACUGUGCCUGGUUUAAGGUUUGCAAGCAACAAGGUGAAUUCCGAAGAUGCCACACAGACAGCAGGAUGGCAGAAAGAAGUGAUCAACAUGUUGUGAUGAGUUAAAAAAUGUCUGAAUAACUGCAUGGCCAAAUGUAAAACAGCUUUUCAAGACACAGUAAGAGAUACAGUGAAUGGGGGGCACGACCUAAGGUUCAAUAUGUGUUCAGUCAAUCAGAUUAGAAAUCCCAGCUGUGUGAUGGUGAGUUUUUUGUAAAAUAAUUGAUGUGACAAGUUCAUUUCCAGUUACAAAAUGUUUAUUAUUAUUUAAGUAAUUUGCAUGUAAGUACUACACACUCUUUUCACCAUUCUCCUUUGAGGUUUGCUUUCAUCUUUGCUCUUUUAUUCUUGACUUUCCCCCUUUUUUUUCUCACAUCAGUUCAUCAUCAUCAUUUCUAUUCACGUCAUCCAACCUCAUCUUAUGACAUCAUACAGUGGUAUGAAAAAGUUUGGGCACCCCUGAUCGUUUUCAGGAU